AUGAGUGGAAUAUCACAAGACUGGGAACCCGUAGUUAUCCGUAAGAAAGCGCCUACUUCCGCCGCUCGUAAAGACGAAAAAGCCGUUAACGCUGCCCGUCGCUCCGGCGCCGAGAUCGAAACCCUUAAAAAAUCUAAUGCAGGAUCAAACAAGGCUGCCUCUAGUAGUACAUCUCUGAACACCAGGAAACUUGAUGAAGAUACUGAGAAUUUGUCUCAUGAAAAGGUACCAACUGAACUGAAGAAAGCUAUCAUGCAAGCACGACAAGACAAGAAGCUAACUCAGGCUCAACUUGCUCAAUUGAUAAAUGAGAAGCCACAAAUCAUCCAAGAAUACGAGUCCGGAAAGGCAAUUCCAAACCAGCAGAUUAUCUCUAAACUGGAGAGAGCUCUUGGUGCAAAGCUUCGUGGAAAGAAAUAAAAUCUUGUGGCACAAGUGAGACUUAUGGGUUCUCAUUGUGUGUUUGAAUCCAAAACAUGGACAUGUACAUGAAGUUCUCCUUAAAACAGUGUGGUCCUUAUCGUUUAUGCCUGGAUUCAUGAAUAUGGUUUUCUUCGUUGAAUUAGCUUUUGCUUCUGUGGAAAUUUUGAAGUUUCUCUUGUACGGAUUUUUUCCCUGCUUAUAUUUGUACUGCUUUUCAUAA